GUACUCGUACAUAAAGGGUAACGUUGGCGAUACCCGUUCCUGACUUGUGACUAUCAGUCGCCAUGCAGAAGGCUCUCAUCGCUGUCGUCGUGAUCGCCGCCUUUGUCGGAGCCAGCUCUGCAGAGGUGACAUGUUCUGAUGAGUGCCUAGAGCUGGCAAAACAGGGUAAUUAUGAACGAGACCCCUUAACGUGUGGUGACAUAGUUACUGAAUAUAUGAACGCUGGCUGCGACGACCGGUGCCUGCUGUAUCAGUCUACGUCUGCUUCAACAGAGGAAGGCGGAUCGACUCGCAUCAACGCGCGAUCCCAGUCGCGUAAAUUGGCUGCACGUCAUUCCAAACUUGCUGCUCUGCACCACCGCAGUAUUCACCACUAAGAGGCAGAAGUGGCUUGUAUGAUGUUUCUAUACCUUGAGUGAUAUCAGCACCAUAUACGGAAAUAAUCUACACAACAAUUAAAGAACUUCCACAAAUUA